CAUCGUCUCGGCGCACCAUGCUAUAUAAGGGUCUUUACGUGUGUGGCACGGGUUUUGGUGCUUCAUGUAAUACAUCGCAGCAGCACAUUUCUAUAUCUACGUUGUUAUGUACGAAGAGUCUGACGUCCAAUUCGCCUUUCCCUUGGAGGACAGGUACAAGUGCCCGCUGUGUGGCCGACAUCUGCGGAAACCCCGCCAGUCGGUUGAAUGUGGCCAUCGCUUCUGUGAAAGUUGUCUGACUGAAGAACUGCGGAAAGGAGCACCAAAGUGUCCAAUAGACCAGCAAGUUCUCUCAUCAACACAGGUGUUUCCAGACAGGUGUGCAGAAAGAGAAAUACAACAACUCAUUGUCAAUUGUGUUAAUAAGAAAGCUGGUUGUGAAGUGCAAGUACCACUCAAGGAACUCCAGGCCCAUCUAGAGGAAUGCAAGUAUGCAACAAUAGAAUGUAUUUACAAGUCUCUUGGCUGCGAGGAACAGGUUGUAAGGUGUCACCUUGCAGAACAUCUGGAGAAGGAAUGUCAGUUCAGACAACAGCCGUGCAGGUUCUGUCAGGAGUUGAUACCUCUGGCACAGACAGAGGAUCACACAAAGCAGUGCCCUAAGGCCCCAAGCACCUGUCCAAAUGGCUGCGAAUUGACAGGAGUGACACGAGAACAGGUAGAAAAGCACCUCCAAGAUGAAUGCCCCCAGUCAGAAGUCAACUGUCGGUACAACUCAUAUGGGUGUGCAUUUAAGGGCCCUAGAAGUCAUGUCAGUGAACAUGAAUCACUGUCCAUGGCAGAGCACCUACUCAUGAUGACCGCCAACCUGGCCAACAUGGAACUCAGUCUGUCUGAAUCACGUAGAGAGCUGCAGGAAGUAUCUAACCAGAGAGACCUCCUAAAGAACACAGUCACACAACAAGCUAACGAGAUCUCAUCACUCAGACAGAAAGCUGAAAAGCAGGAUGGGAAAAUUGCAUCACUGCAGAAAAUGGUAGCCAACCAAACAGACAAACUUAUGAAGUUUGAGCACGAUCUGGGGACAACUGCAAAGAAGGAAGAUGUAGAUGGUCAAAAGAGGGACCUGGUGGCGGUGAAAGAGACAGUAAAAAGAACCGAGAACAGACUGGCAAAGUUGGAGACCAGGGGAUCAGGAGGAGGGGGGCUGUUAUCAGGUGCAACAGGUGAAGUGGAAACACAGCUCGCAGCCCAAGACAGGCAACUCGGCAUCCACGAUGUUCGACUGGCUGAGAUGGACCUCCGCUUCCAGAUCCUGGAGACAGCCAGCUUUGACGGCACCCUGCUCUGGAAGAUCAAAGACUACACCAGAAGGAAGCACGACGCUGUGACUGGUAGAACUCUGUCUCUCUACAGCCAGCCUUUUUACACCAGUAGAAAUGGUUAUAAGAUGUGUGCUAGGGUGUAUCUGAACGGGGAUGGCAUGGGGAAGGGUACCCACAUGUCCCUGUUCUUUGUAAUCAUGCGGGGAGACUAUGAUGCCCUUCUGCCCUGGCCCUUCAGACAGAAGGUAACAUUGAUGCUGCUGGAUCAGGAUCAGGGCAGGCGCCACCUGUCCGACACGUUCCGGCCUGAUCCGACCAGCAGCAGUUUCAAGCGCCCCACGAGCGACAUGAACAUCGCGUCAGGCUGCCCGCUGUUUGUGUCUCAGGCUGUGGUGGAGGGCAGCCCUUAUCUUAAAGACGACACAAUUUUUAUCAAAGUUAUUGUUGAGACAUCAGACCUGGUUGGGCCAUAAGCUAAUUACUAGUGCCUCGCAAUUACUGGUCAUGCAUCAACCGGUAGGCUAUACAUAGAGGUUAGACAACCAAUGGCAAUGCCAAAAAGGCAAGUUUUCAGCUUAGCCUUAGGCUACUAUAACAUCUCUAAGUAUGUCACGACCACCAGUCUGUAAAACAGUCAGUGCAGCAAUUCCGGCCCGAGUAUUCUACCUGUACCGGUAAC